GCUUCGACGCCUACUUCACGUCGAGGACGCUGGAGAACAACAGGAGGAACGUGUGGUUCGCUGAAUACUGGGAGGAAAACUUCAACUGCAAACUGAUGAGCUCGUCCAAGAGGGACGAGAGCAGCAGGAAGUGCACAGGUCAGGAACGUAUCGGCAUGGACUCCAAGUACGAGCAGGAAGGGAAGGUGCAGUUUGUGAUCGAUGCCGUGUACGCCGUGGCCCACGCCCUCCACAACAUGCAGAGAGACCUGUGUCCAGAAAACUCCGGCAUCUGUCCGGAGAUGGACCUGGCUGGAGGCAAGAAGCUGCUCAGGUACAUCCGCAGCGUCAGCUUCAAUGGAAGUGCUGGUACGGCAGUGACCUUUAAUCGUAACGGUGAUGCUCCCGGGCGCUAUGACCUGUUCCAGUACCAGUGGAGCAACGUGACGGGGCGGGGCUACAGAGUCAUCGGACAGUGGACGGAGUCGCUGCAGAUCAACUAAACGCCUCGUACAUUAUCCCGUCUCAUUCCGGACGGUACGUGACCCCAGCUGGUUGAACCUGAGAGGACGUGUCCACACGUCUGUUGUUGUGAUGACACCAGAUACUUUAAUAAUGAGGGAAACUGAAGUCACAUGAUUCUCUGAGCAUGUCAACCACAUGUUCAUUCACGUCACAUGUGGUGACAUCACAUGUUCACUUGUGUUGUGGUUUUGUUUGUGUUUCAUAUAUUUUGAGAAAACUCAUUUUUUACAAAUACACGGCCUGCACCAUGUCAUGUAACCGUGGUAGCACGAUGGGUAACCCGCAAAAAUGUUGUGUAACAGUUUAAAGACAUCAAACGUAAAGUUAACGUGAAAUAAACGGCAGCAGGUGAGAAGUUAAGUGUGUUUUUCUUUCUGGAGGAAUCAGAAAUUUAAAUGAUUG